AUGGGCUGUGGGGCGAGCACGAGCAAGGUGGCAGACGAAUCGGCUGGGGCUGGGGGACCGAUGCUCCGUCGGAGCGGUUCCUUCAAUUCCCGCGAGAGGAAUGAGAAGGAUGUUCCCGACGGUGUGAAGCUCCCACCGGCGCGGAGAGCCCACGACAAACACGUCGGCGACCUGGAUGUCUUUCUGGGGCUCGUCAAGAAGAGGCCGAAGGAGUUUGAGAUGGACAUCGAGGCAAGGCGUGACUGCGACUUUUUGGAGUUUGGCCACACCUACUCCAUGGACAGCCAGUUCAGCCAGUUCAGCCAGUUCAGCCGGGCCAGCGCCAGUAGCCGAAAGAGGCAAAGCUCGCACAUGUCGCGAGAAAGCCGCCUGCGCGAGUUUUUGGGGUCGCAGCACAACUUCUGA